AAAUCCUAUAACAGUCUCAUCUCUUUCCCAACAGCCGAAAUAUCACCCAGGAGAAAACCCCUUUGAACAUAUUGGGUAUGAUGAAGUUUUCAGUCAGACCUACACAUUGACUCAACAUGUCUUAACUCACACUGGACAGAGACCCUAUAAAUGGAAUGAAUGUGGAAAACAUUUCAGUCAUAGAAGCGACCUUUAUAGACACCAGAAAACUUUCAUGGAAGCAAAACCUUAUAAAUGUAAUCAGUGUGAUAAAUGCUUCCAUAAUAGAAGGAAGCUUUGCAUACACCAGAGAAUUCACACUGGAGAGAAACCUUAUAAAUGUGAUGAGUGUGGGAAAAACUUCAGUCGAAACUCACAUCUUCGUUCCCAUAAGAUAACUCACACAGGAGAGAAUCCAUUUGUCUGUAAUCAGUGUGGGAGUCACUUCAGGUAUUUUUCAUCUUUAACUAGACAUAAGCAUAUUCAUUCUGGACAGAAGCCUUAUGAAUGUCAUCUGUGUGGGAAAGCCUUUGUUCAAAGUUCUUAUCUUAAACAACACGAGAGAACUCACACUGGAGAGAAACCAUAUAAAUGUCUUCUAUGUGGAAAAGCCUUUGUUACAAGCUCUAAUCUUAGAGAACAUGAGAGAACUCACACUGGAGAGAAACCAUAUAAAUGUCAUCUAUGUGGAAAAGCCUUUGUUCAAAGCUCUUGUUUUAGACAACAUGAGAGAACGCACACUGGAGAGAAACCGUAUAAAUGUCGUCUUUGUGGAAAAGCAUUUAUUACAAGCUCUUGUCUUAAAAAACAUGAGAGAACCCACACUGGAGAGAAACCAUAUAAAUGUCUUCUUUGUGGAAAAGCCUUUGUUACAAGUUCUAAUCUUCGAGAACAUGAGAGAACCCACACUGGAGAGAAACCAUAUAAAUGUCCUCUAUGUGAAAAAGCCUUUGUUACAAGCUCUAAUCUUAGAGAACAUGAGAGA